AUGUCGGAUUUGAACCAGAUUUCUCAAUUUGGCACCGAUGUUGACAAGUUGCCAUCUGCAGAAGCAAGAGCUCAACACUCAGAACCCUCUGUUGUAACUGGUGACAACACAUCUGCAAGCUUUCAUGGAAGCUCAAUCAGCAUAGAUGUCGGUCAAAGUAUAAAAGUUGUUCAAUCCAAGUUUCCAGAAGGCGAGUUCAUAUCAGGUGCAAUACUCACCUGGGAUCUCCCCAAAACCAGAAAGAAUGUCAAGAAGAUUCAAGUAAAAAUCGGUGAUAGUUCGGGUGAAGUUUGUCAUUCUCCAAUUCUGUCUAACUCUUCCAAGCAAUGGGGAAUUUAUGACGAGAAGCUUAAAUGUGGUAAAAUAUACCAUGCUACUAUCUACUGUACCUAUGAUAAAGAUGGCGAGUUCCAGCACCCUUGGGGAGAUAUAGAAUUCCAUACACGGCCAGCAAAGCCGAACGAAUUCACAAUUACAUGCAAAUCUGAUUCUUUUACUUUGAAAUGGUCAACGUCAACAGGAAAUUGUGACAGACACAUCGUUGAAAUCUUUGGCAUAGACAAACGUGCUUUGCUUGUCCGUAGGGAAGUUAAAGAUCUUGCGCAAGAUUGCAAGUUUGAUGUUGAUAACCAGAGGGAUAUCUAUCUUGGUAGACAAUACAAUUUCAAAGUCACUGCAUAUUAUAAAGAUCUAGAAAAUCCAUCCAAAAUGAAGAAAUUAUUUGUUGGUGAUGAGAAUGGUCCCCGAGAAGUGAGAGCAGAAUUUAUUGGAAAUACAAACGAUGUUGAAUUGACAUGGAAGCGUCCUAAUGGAAUUUCCGGGAUUCCGACAGUAAACUACAUUGUUGAAGUGUUAAAGGAGAAUGUAUAUUUCAAAGAUAUCAAAACUACCAAAACAAAAUGCAAAAUUGAUGGGUUGAAACAGGGAACAUCUUACACGUUCCAAGUUGCAAUAAAAAACUCAAAUGAGACAACAAGUUUGUGGAUUGUAUCCAAUACAUUGAAGACAAAAUUGAAUGCUGUUAAAGUGGAAAAUUUCAAUAUUCAAAGAGGAUCCGAAGAUCCUGCUACAACACUUUAUUGUACUUGGAAUCUUCCACCAGGAGUGGAUGGUUUUAAACUGCGGUAUCAGCGAGGAACAGAAGACACCUUUGUCAAGUGUUUGAAAAAAGAUUGCAAAGAGUAUGUUAUUGAAAAUCUUUUGCCAGACACCAGGUACACAGUUGAUAUUAAAGCUGAUAAAGAUGGAUAUGGUCCUUACACAACACCGGAAACUAUUAACACAGAUGUUGGGAAAGUUAGCAAAGCUUGGUUAAAACUGGACAAAGACAAGUUGGAUUCUGUGGUUGUUAAGUACAAUGAAGCAUUGAACGCUACAUCUCACCUCAUUCAGCUAUGGGAUUCCAGUGCAGAAGACAAACCGCAGGUUCGCACAGAUGAUGGUCUGUUCACUGAUUUAAAGAAUAAUUGUAGUUACUAUGCAAUAGUGACACCAAUGUAUGGACAGAAGAAAGGAAAAGAAAUGCAAACUGAGGAGAUUCUAACAGCACCUAAAGCUCCUCUGAUAAUGAAAAGCAACUUCAUACCGGAUGGAGAAAACCCAAGUUCAGUUUUCCAUCUCUCCUGGAAAUCCCAACCAAAUUGCUGUGAGGAAGAAACAUGA